AUGAUAAGUAAUUUUUUAAAAUCAAAUAAUAUUAAAAACAAUUCUCCCUUUAGAUCAUUUUGUACUCGUUAUAGUGAAUCUCACGAAUGGAUUAAAUUUAACCAUAGAAAUAAAACUUGUACUUUAGGAAUAACUAAAUAUGCUUCGGAUCAAUUAAAAUCAAUUGUAAAUAUUAAUUUACCAGAUUUAAAUUCAACGAUUACAAGAAAACAACCAUUUGGAAAUAUUGAAAGUACAAAAACUGUUGCUGAUCUUUUUUCAGAUGUCGAUGGAAAAGCAGUUUUAUUGAACUCAGAUGUCAUUGUAGAUCCAACAAUAGUUAGCCAUAGUCCAGAGGACAAAGGGUGGUUAAUUAAAAUGGAAAGUAAUGACUUUGAAUCAUUUAAUAAAAUGAUGACAAAAAGUGAAUAUGGUCAAUUCUUAAAAGAUAUUAAUAAAUCAAAUGUUUAA